AUGAAUGCGAGUCUUACUAUUGAACAGCUUGUAAACUUACUUUUCGCCGUCUGCGGGAUUGUUGGGUCUUCUGUCGGUAUUGGCCAACAGCUGCAUGUGCUGGUUGAGCGGCACACAGUUGAAACUGCCAUGUUUUGGUGGUGGCUGGGGCAAACCAGUUAUAUCUGGGUCAGUGCAAUUGCCAAAAUUUCUAUCGUCCUUGCUUUGCUUCGGUUCACCGUUUCCCGCCUCUAUCGCAUUAUCUUGUGGGUCGUCAUUACAGGAACUUCGAUAAUCAGCAUCGCUUUUUGGGGGCUGAUGACUCUUCAAUGUCAGCCAGUCUCAUUUUUCUGGCGACGGGUAGACCUCUACAUGCACCCAGGCUCCAUUGAAGGCAAGUGCGUCGACCUCAAUAGCGUCGUGUCCAUCGGCUAUCUGUAUAGCGUCGCUGCCUUCAUUGGCGACUUGACGCUUGGGAUCCUGCCAGUUUUCCUUGUCUGGAACUUGCAAAUGAGCCUUCGAAGUAAGGCCGGGUUGAUAGCAAUUCUGAGUAUAGGAUGCAUCGCCGGCGCCGCAGUUGUUAUCCGCAUGCCAUAUAUUCACGACUAUAGAAGCCAUGACUUCCUUUACGCUACGGCUAAUAUCUCCAUCUGGUCCAACAUCGAAGCUGGUUUGGGCAUAACAGCAGGAAGUCUCGUCACACUUCGGCCUUUGUUCCGCUGGUUGCGUGAUCCUGAGCUGGUGAACCCCAGGCAGAGACACUCCAGUAGCUGGCCGGUUCCAACAGGGGUAAGCCCUCGAUGCUCGAAUCUGUCGGCUCCGCAGACGUGGCGAACGGACUUCGUCCCUGAGCUUACGCCCACUAUGGUCACUACCAUUCACGCCACACGCCACCAACGCUGGAGCAGCAGCCAAGAGCAUUUUUACCAUAAGCGCGACUCGGUGUUUGAAGGGCUCAAUGUGGAAAAAACCUUCUACAUCUCGGAAGAUGAUCCGUAG